AUGUCUGAAGCACAAUCAUCGAAACGCCACAUCAAAGCACUGACUUUUUUCAAAAAAGUUCGACCUUGUCAUGUGGUUUUUGGCAUUUAUGGACAAUUCUUUCGUACAACUGCAAUCGUGAACUACCAACCCGAAUGGAACGAAAUCCAAUCAUUUGUAGUUCCAAGCGAUCUUGUCUCAUUUUAUAUAUCGAUUCGAGAUGACACAAGUCGAAUUGCUGAGAUCCAAUUACCAGUUUCCGAACUUGAAUUCGAUUCUGAACGCAGCUCAAAAGUAUUUCUAAGUCAUAGAAAAAAUAAAGAAUGUCAACCAUUUGUUUUAUAUAGAUGCGCAAUAACAGAAUGGCGUAAAUUUUGCCAUUUUAGAUCCAUCGAUUGGUUAAAUGAACGAAUUCCACUGAUUGUUGAAAAUUUCAAAAAUACCCAAAUCGUCGAAUGGAAAUGGUUUUCGAGCAUAAAUCGUUAUACGGUUGAUUUCAGUUCGAAGCAUAAUAAUAAUAAUAAUUCUUCAAAAGAAAUCAUUUUGCCUACGAGAAAUCCUUGUCAUACAGAUCCAAUAGAUUUUUCAAAUGUUGGCAGCUGUUGCGUCGUGAAUUCAGUGGUUCCGAAUCAUGGAAGUGUUUUGGGUGGAACUCGAGUCAUGAUUGCCGGAUCUGGAUUUGGUAUGGAUGCUCAUGAUUUGCGCGCAGUAUUAAUCGCUGGCUGUGAUUGUACUAAUAAAAUUAUAUCACAUUCACCAAAUCAAAUAAAACUAAUAACUAGGAAAUUUUUUCCCAUUGAAGCACCGAUCAUUGUUGUUACUAAAAAUCAUGGCACUGCAAUAAGCAAUUUCAAUUUCACAUUUUAUGAUGAAAAAGAACGAAUAAAACCAAAAAGAUUCUCGAAUCACAAUCGAGCGAAACUUAAACAAUAUCAAAAUCGAAUCGUACAAACCUCGCCCGAUUUACGAUCAUUUUCAUCGAAAGAAAAAAGUUGCGGUGAUAAUUUUUUGAAGCAAAUCGAAGAGCUCAAAAUUGAAAACAAACGGCAAAAAAUAUAUUUGGAUCAACUGGUCAGCAAGAUAAUGCUAAAGUGCCCUGAAUUACUUUCGUUUUCAGUGGAAGAAGCAAUUGUUUAA